AUGGCUCGAGUCUCAGUUCUUCUCUCGUUUUCCUUAACACUUUUGGUCUUUCUCCAUGGCUACACAGCUCAACAAACGCAACAAGGUCAACAGUUUCCAAACGAGUGCCAGCUUGACCAGCUCAAUGCGCUCGAGCCGUCACACGUACUCAAAUUCGAGGCUGGUCGCAUCGAGGUUUGGGACCAUCACGCACCUCAGCUACGUUGCUCAGGAGUCGCUUUUGUACGUUUCGUGAUUGAGAACAAGGGACUUUACUUGCCCACUUACUUGAACACGGCUAAGCUCUCCUUCGUCGCUAGCGGUACGUGCGAUUCUUUCUAUAUAUAG